GGUGCGACGUACCGACUUGAGUUGCCAAAGGAGCUCCGUGCGCGGGGCAUCCACGACGUCUUCCAUGCAUCGCUGCUGCGGCCACACUUCCCGAACGACGACCGCCGUUUUCCCGGCCGGCAAUUCCACCAGCUCCCUCAUUUUGGGGAGCAGCCACGCGAGUGGGCGGUGGACCGGAUAAUAUCCCACUCUGGCCGAGGCUCCGACGCCGAGUUCGAGGCCCAAUGGAGUACUGGGGAUGUCACCUGGGCGCCGUACCGCGAUGUCCAGCACCUGCAGGCGCUGACAGAAUAUUUUGAAGCCCUGGGGGUGAGCAGUGCAGGCCAAUUA